AUGAUGGGGACCUUCACCUUGCCGUAUUUUCUACGAACAGCAGUUUGGGAUAAGAAAGGCUACUGGAUCAUGGCAAUUCCUGUGAUUUAUUUCGCUCGAUGCUGGGAAAAUGCUGGUUAUUCAAAGGUUGAGAUGAUGAAGGGACAUUCUAAAAUGUACUCUGAUAGAGUUCGUUCUAUUCCAAAAGAUGCUGAUCCGUGGAAAUAUUGA